AUGCCUUCACCUAAGAUCGCAAUCAUCGGCGCAGGCCCAGUGGGCACUACGCUUGGGCGUCUGCUGUUACGCCAAUCUCCUUCCACAUCUGUCACAAUCUUCGAGAGUGAACCUUCUCCAAACUACCGCAGCCAGGGCGGCACACUCGAUCUGCACACCGAAACCGGCCUUGCGGCAAUCAAGGAGGCAGGCCUCUGGGACGAGUUCUCGGCGCAUGCCCGCUAUGACGGAGAAUCGCUCUUGAUGACGGACAAGAACCUUAAGCCAUUCUGGCAAGUGAAGCCAAGCGCCUCGCCCCAGCAAAAAGGCGGCCACCUGGGCGGCCAGCGGCCCGAGAUCGACCGUGCCGCCCUCCGGCAGAUACUCGCCGAGAGCCUCCCGGACGACAUGAUCACAUGGGGCCACCGCCUGAAGGAAGUGCGACCCGGGAAUGAGCCAAGGAGCACCAAGCUCGUCUUCAACCUCGCCGACGGGGGCACAACCACAGCCUCGGGCUUCGACCUGAUAGUCGGGGCGGAGGGCGCGUGGAGCAAGGUCAGGGGCGUCCUGUCAGACGUCAAGCCGGUCUUCUCGGGCGUCUCGUGCCAUGCCUUCGAGAUCCCAGACGCAGAAAACACCGCCCCGGAGGUCUACCGCACGGUCAACCGGGGCAGCGUCUUCAGCCACGCCGACGGCCUCAAAACGAACCUGCAGCAGCUGGGCGACGGCAGCAUCUGCGUGUACCUGAACUUCCAGACCGACGAUGAGGACUGGUACAAGAAACCCUCAAAAUACGGCUACGACGCCUGGGACCUCGAGCAGUCCAAGGCCGCCGCGCUCAAGCGCUACGCCGACUGGCACCCGAUCAUCAGGGAGGCCAUCUCGCGGACGCAGGGGCGCCCCGUGCCCCGGAGCCUGUACAUGCUGCCCGUGGGGUUCAGCUUCGAGCACCGCGCGGGGCUGACGAUCAUCGGCGACGCGGCGCACCUGAUGACGCCGUUCGCGGGCGAGGGCGUCAACGUCGGCAUGGAGGACGCGCGCCGGCUGGCUGCGGCCGUCGUGGCCGCCGGAGGGGACCUGGCGAAGCUAGACAGGGAGGUCGCGGCGUUUGAGAAGGACAUGUUCGAGAGGGCGGGUGAGUUCGCUGGCCUGACCCAGACGAUGCUGCGGGCGUGGUUCUUCACUGCUGAUUGCCCGCGGUCGGUUGUUCCCAAGGCCUUGUCCACGCACGCGAGCUUCCAUGCGCCGUGGCUUUUGAAGCCGCUUGUAGGCGGGCUGGCGUAUUCAUAUUUCUCAGUGAGGAAUAAGGUCACUAGCAAAUGA